UUAACCCCUUGGCGCUGGCGUCUCCCGGCCCUUUUAGGGUUCCAGAAGCCGGGCAGGGUCUUAGGGUCAUGUGACCGUCGUGAUUCGCGGUCACAUGAUCGGAAAAGGUCCCGAUCAAAAGAGGAGAUUGGGACCUUUCCGUGAGUACCGGACAUGUGUGCUGUGUGCUGUGCUGGGAGCGCGCUCUCAGCACAUAUGUUCUUUUUUAAUAGAAUGCAAAAGUACGGCCGCUCUGCGUCUAAGCCCAGAUGUCGGGAGGCCGCACAUUUGCGUUCAGCCGGCGUGAAGAGGUUAAG